GACGCGGCUGUCGGAGUCUGUAUUUCUGCUUCAGCGUGGCAGAGAUUCAGGAUUUUCUCAUAAGAGCACCGCGCGUGAUUCAUCAUCUGCACUCUUGUUGUCUCAUUUUCGCAACUGAGACAUCUCUCUACCUCGUCGUGCCCUCUCUCUUCCUCCGUCGCAAUGGCGAAUUCCGAGGUCACCUUCAUCAUGAUCAAGCCCGACGGCGUUCAACGCGGCCUUAUUGGAGACAUCAUCUGCAGGUUCGAGAAGAAGGGUUUCUUUCUCAAAGCCAUGAAGAUGGUGCAGGUUGAGAGAUCUUUCGCGGAGAAGCACUACUCCGAUCUGUCGACGAAGUCGUUUUUUGGAUCUUUGGUGGAGUACAUCGUCUCCGGACCCGUGGUCGCCAUGGUGUGGCAAGGUAAGGGAGUUGUGGCAACCGGACGUAAGAUCAUCGGAGCCACGAACCCCGCCGCGUCUGAGCCCGGAACAAUCCGCGGAGACUACUGCAUCGAAGUGAGCAGGAACAUUAUCCACGGAAGUGACGCAGUGGAGAGCGCCCAGAAGGAGAUUGCCCUGUGGUUCCCCGAUGGCAUCAUUGACUGGCGCAGCGCCAAUCACUCCUGGAUCUACGAGAACUAGGCAGUGCAAAUAUUUAUAUGUUUUGGAGAUACUUGUAGAUUGCGGUUCUAUCCAUUGUUGUCGGCAUACGUCAUCGGUCGGAGUUAGAGUUGAGUGUGUAUUUUAGCGAAAAAGUGGUUGUUUGUUGGUCUACGGCAUGUAGUUGUGUCGUCUUUAGACACUAAAUUUGCAUAGUUGGAGGCUGAUUGAUUGUCAUGUGGUGGAAGCUGCAUGUUCGUUGCCAAAUUUCUAUAUAAAUAUCUGUCCCUUCGUCGUUGAAGUCGAUCUGGACAAAUGACAAUGAUCUUGA